AUGACAUUCAUCUUCUCAUUUCUUAGAUGGCGAGCCUGGCCAGACGUCCGGCCUGCCGGGGGCGGCGGCCGCGCGCACGGCGAGGAGCGGGACAGCGACAAGGAGAAUCGGGCGAAGGGGAUGCGGUAUCUUCAGGGCGGCGAGAGUGCCGCAGAUGUGUUUGCCCGGGCAGAGGCGCUCUGCGAAGCACAGCGCUUCGCUGAGGCGGCGGAGCUCUUCCGGUGUGUCCUCGCAGCCCUACGGACGAGUUCCGAGCGGCAUUCGCUCCGUGCAGUGGAGGCCGAGGUGUGGGCGCACCUGGGUGUUGCGAUGCAGUCACUGGACGACAUCGCUGCGGCCAUCGAGAGCUACUGCCAGGCUGUGCGCCUUGACCCAUCGCUGCACGUCUGCUUUGCAAACCUGGCGACCCUGUACAUGUACCUGGAAGACAGCCAGAAGGCCCAGGAGCACAUCUCAAAGGCGCUGCUGCUUGACCCCUCGAACGAGGCAUACCUCGAGAUCAAGCGAUCCUUGGCGAGUGGGACACUGGCGGCGUGA